GCCCAUGUACCUCACCGCUGCUUCGCCUUCUGUAACCUAUGCUGACACAUGAAGGCCUUGCCUUCCGAUUCUCGCGGUCUAUCUCGAAGGUCCGUUCUUUGCAGUAUGUUGGGAACGGAUGACCUUCGUCCAUAAUUGAUGCGUCGUACACUUUCGCUGCUUCUUCUGAUACAGUCACCUGCGAUUGAUCGCGCCUUUGAACGAAAGGCAAGUGCUAUAACGUCGAAAGGAUCCACUCAUGGCCCAACGCGCACAUCUGUGUGGCACAAAGUCGAGCCUUCGCUGCGUAUAAAAGCUGCUGCUCUUGUCCGCUAGCGCCGCCGGUAGCCACCUCGACUUUCUGCUCUUCCAGUUACGCCGCAUUGACCAUGUCUGCUCCAGGCCUUGCGGUGGUUCUAUCUGGUGAUGGGAGCAGCUCGGAUGACGGCUGCCGCAUCGCCUGCCCUCAAUCGUUGCCACUUUCCCGCUUGGUCAACCCCACGCACUGGCAUGAAGGUCUCGUCCCCGACUUUGCGAUGCCCGCGAUACCUCGUCUGCUCCGAUCGACCACACGGACAGACCAGUGGCUCACGCAGGCAGCGUCAACGAAUAACGAGCGCGCCACCAGCACGGUGACCGGCGCCACACCCCCGGCCGAUGUUGCAAAUAAUGCCACCAUCAUCAUUGAGGUGAUUCCCGCUCCUUCCAAUGUGGGUCGGGAGCAGCACACUCUCACCAUCCUGCAUGCGCCACGAUUGCGCGUGAAGGACCUUCCCGACGACGACGAGCCGGACCCGAACGAUCUCGAGCAAGCGACGAUCGAGGAUCAGAUGAACGUUGACAUGGAGCAAGAUGCGUCAGUUGGGGACAUCCACGACGCCAUGGACGAGGACGGACCUUCGUGCUCGAGGAGCGGCACAAAUGCGUCCGAUCCAAGGGGUACUGCAGGUCGCUCGAGUAGCGCCUCCGGCGGCAAGAGUGCCGCUAACAUGCAGGCAGCGCCUCCGCGCCGCAUGUCUGGGACCGUGCUGGGCAGCCCUGCUCCAUCGAUCAUGUCGAAGCUUGACCUCGAGUGCCCAUUUUCGUCACCCGCUGCUCCUAUGUCGACCGGCCUUUUUGACGGCACGUCCAAGGAGAAGGACUAGACGAAGUCAACCUUGGAGCACGCAUUACACCGUGCCUUUGAGGCGUAGGGUGAUUCAUGACGGACUAUCAGAUUGUUGGGACUGGUGCGCAUUGUAUCUGGCGACUCUUGCGACUGUUUUGGACAUCGAUAUGUAUGAGUUCUUUGUGUGACAUCUACGUGCUCGCCCCAAGUCGCGCUAUGAGAUUUGCAGUUCAG